AUGAAGUACAAAUCGCCCCAGGUAGAAAGCGAAACCGACGCAGCUGAUGCCCCCAAGCGCAAGCUCGAUCAGCGAGACCCUGGUGUCGACACCGGUGAAGGAAGUCUCGAGGUAGAGAAAGAGCAGCCGCCUACCAAAGCGUCCAAGUCAGCUGCAAACACUGCCGAAGAAAAUGACUUGAUCCAGGAGGACUCCGGGUAUAAGGACGAAGACUUCGAGGAGGAGGACGAGGAAGACAAUGAAGAAUUCGAUGAAGAGGAAGAAUACAAUGAGGCAGAUGACGAGAACGUCGACCUCGUGCAAGAACAAGGUGGUGAAGAGGAACAAGAUGGGUACGCAGAAGGCGAGGAAGAGAACGAAGAAGCAGCAGAAAGUGCAUCGAACAAGCCCAAACUGCAAAAGGUUGUCAAGGAAUUCGGUCGCCCGCCCUUGUAUGGCACCGAAAUCGCAGAGAAAGGUCUGGAGAGCUCUCCGGACACUCUACUGGCUAUGGUUAUGGACGCGAUGCUGAAGUCGCGCCCCAUCUCGCAUGACCUGACACAGCGUGCAGUCAAUAAGCUUAUCGAGGUCGGGUAUCAUGAUAUACGGAAAUUAGGGGAGAGCAGCUGGGAGGAGAGAACAAUGGUUCUCAAGGACGGGGGAUAUAAUCGCUACCGGGAGCAAGGUGCAACGAAUCUAGGCGAUUUGGCAGAAUUCGUCAAUGAGAAGUACGAUGGUGAUCUUAACAAUCUCCUGAAGAAAGCCCAUAACGACCGAGACGAAACGAGAAAGUUGAUCAAGGAGAUCAAAGGACUAGGCGACCUGGGCGUAGACCUCUUUUUCAACAAUGCCCAGGCUGUGUGGCCUUCCCUUGCACCUUUCAUUGAUGGGCGCAGUCUGGAAACUGCUGAUAAUGUCGGUCUUGGUACGGAUUUGGACGCUAUCUACGCCGAUUUAGGACGCGACUCCAUGAAUAUGAGUCGACUAGCCAAUGGAUUGUCGGCUGUAAGACUGGAGAAGAGGCAAGGUGAUCUCAUGGCGAUCUAA